CUCCCACUUUCCUUUACUUAACAAGGUCACAAAUUUUACCGAUUCAUCCUCUUUGUUUACACAAUUGUAAUGAUUAGAUUGUGUCUUUAAUUGGUGCAAAAAUUUGUUUUUAUUGACAUAUUGUUUGUUGUAUUAAGCAUAAAAUAAUAAACUGAAGAGUCAUUCGCGCUUCGUUGCAACAAAAAUACGCACCCAAAAUGGCCCUAAAUGUGCAAAAGAUUUUCAGUCGGGCGUUUUCUGUGACCACCGUUCGAAAAUCGGGCUUCAAUUUUGAGCUCAAUGAAACUCAGAGAGAAAUGCAAGCCAUGGCUCGGAAGUUCGCUCGCGAGGAGAUUGCCCCCCAAGCAGCCCACUUCGACAGAACCGGGGAAUACCCCAUUGAGAUUUUGAAGAAGGCCUGGUCUGUGGGCCUGAUGAAUUCGCACAUUCCGGAGCAUUGCGGCGGUUUGAAUCAGGGGGUUUUCGACGCGUGCUUAAUGGGGGAAGAACUGGCUUGGGGCUGUUCGGGGAUCGGGACAGUUAUUGGGUCCUCACAUCUUGGGCAAGUUCCUGUGAUUCUUAAUGGGACGAAAGAGCAACAGAAGAAGUAUUUGGGGCGCUUGAUCGAAGAGCCCUUAGUUGCGGCUUAUGCCGUGACUGAGCCUGGUUGUGGCUCUGACGUAAAUGGGGUUAAAACCCGGGCUGAAAAAAAGGGCGACGAGUACGUAAUAAACGGUCAAAAAAUGUGGAUCACAAAUGGGGGCGUCGCCAAUUGGUACUUUGUCCUCGCUCGCACGAACCCCGACCCGAAAGCCCCCGCUGGUAAAGCCUUCACAGGCUUUAUCGUCGACAGAGACACCCCCGGAGUGACCCCCGGCCGCAAGGAAAUGAACAUGGGGCAGCGAGCCUCCGACACUCGCGGAGUCACCUUCGAGGAAGUUCGCGUCCCGAAGGAGAACGUCCUUUUGGGCGAAGGCGCCGGGUUUAAGAUCGCCAUGGGGGCGUUUGACACCACGCGUCCGCCGGUGGCGUGUGGGGCUACAGGUGUGGCGCAGAGGUGUCUCGAUGAAGCGACGAAGUACGCCCUCGAGCGCAAGACUUUCGGGGUCCCCAUUGCCUACCACCAGGCGGUGGCGUUCAUGUUGGCCGAUAUGGCGAUUGGGGUGGAGACGGCGAGGCUGGCGUGGAUGAGGGCGGCGUGGGAGGCCGACCACGGGAUUAGGAACAGUUAUUCGGCCUCGAUUGCGAAGGCCUACGCCGGGGAUGUGGCCAAUAAGUGUGCUUCAGACGCCGUGCAGAUUUUCGGGGGCGCGGGGUUCAAUAGCGAGUAUCCGGUGGAGAAGCUGAUGAGGGAUGCGAAGAUUUAUCAGAUUUAUGAGGGGACCACGCAAAUACAGAAGUUGGUCAUCUCGAGGAGUGUCCUCGAGGCGAGCAAAAGAAUGGCUUAGGUUUUGAGGAAAAAAAAUACAAAAUUUUUGAUAUGUAAUCGUUUAAUAAAGUUUUUUUUAAGAA